AUGUCCACGAGCCCCGCGGAUAUCAAGCUGCCACAGCGGUCUGGUACCGUGAGCAGCAGCUUUACUCGUCGUACUUCUAUGAGUGAUGACGAGGCUAUUCCUGAGACCGAUAGCAGUGAGACUACCACUCUCCUGCUAGAGCGUCUCCGAGCAUGGAAGCAUAUGUGCGGAUAUCUCGAGGAUUACUUCAAUGCCACCGCCAAAGUGCAGAAGUCCCAGUCCAAGGAUUAUGAAAAGAUCCUGAAGGCCGUGAACGAACCCCUCAAGGAAGGCCACCACUUCAGUUCCAGCGCCGGCGGCGUGUCCGGUCUAUUCGAGAACAUCCGCCUCAACACCCAGGGCAUGGUAAUGAUAUACAACGACGGCGAAAAGAACCUAAAGAGCGCGGUGCUGCCCACCCUCGAGCGUCUACACAAAGAGAUCAAAACCAAGUCCAAGGAGCUGAACAGCGGCGCCGUCAAGGGCGCCAAAGCCGUCGAAAAAGCCCGCGGCCUAACCCAGAAGCACAUCGAGCUCCUAGGCCAGAACUCUGCUUCCCACGACAGUUCCUUCUCUAGCAAGAUCGAGCCACACCACGACCCCUACCUCCUCAAGCGCGGCGUCAACCACCGUCUAAACAACCAAGUCAACGAGGAAAACAACCACCGCCAGGACAUCCUCGCCGUGCAGAACUCCUUCCAGCAGUUCGAAGCACACGUCCUGCAAACUGUCCAAGGCGCCCUAGACCAAUUCCACCAGCACAUGGGCAGCCAACUCGACCGCCAGCGAGCAAUGUACGCCGACAUCCUCGGCACCGCCCAGCGCAUCCCCCCAGACUUCGAGUGGAUCAACUUCUGCGUGCGAAACGACGCAGCUCUAGUAAACCCAGACUCGCCCCCGCGCUCCUUCGCAAGCAUCACCUUCCCGAACAUGGACCACCGCUCCACACAGCCGCUCAUCGAGGGUUCCCUCGAGCGUCGCUCGCGCGCCAUGAUCAAGGGCUACAGCUCGGGGUACUACGUCGUCACGCCAGCGCGCUAUCUGCACGAGUUCAAGGACAACGACGAUUUCCGCCGCGACCCCACCCCCGAGCUCUCGCUGUACCUGCCAGACUGCGUUGUCGGCGCUAUUGAUGGCGUCAAGUUCAACGUUAAGGGCAAGGACGUCUCAAGCGGUAAAAUCGGUAAUGCCUUCCACACAAACACCGAGCUCAGCUUCAAGGCCCACACCCCCAACGACGCCGAGAAGUGGUGGUCGGUCAUCAAGGAGUCUAGUCGCUCUCCGGCUCCGGCUCCCCCGACGCUGGCGGUGGCGACUUCGCCCACCGCUACCUCGCCCGGUGGCGCUGUUAGCCCCUCUCGUAAUGUGUCUGGCCAGAGUCAGCCUCCUGUCUACGCUGAUACGGAGAAGUCCCAGGGUACUGCUUCCCCUGCUGCUGCUUCCCCUGCUGCUGCUUCCCCUGCUGCUGCUUCCCCUGCUGCUGCUAGCCCGGCUGCUGCUAGCCCGGCUGUGGGAGUUACCGGCACGGCUAGCUCGGGUACCGCGCUCGGCGUCUCCGCUGUGGAGAAGUCAUAA